AUGUCGUCACCUGUCGAGCAAAUGGAGAAUGUGGAGUACGGAAAGCCAGAUCCGAACCGACGGACGAUAAAGCUUUUCGAGGAGUACGAUGCUCUGUACGAGAAGCAACAAUACGAUGUGGAUAUGAACAAACCGAUGGAGCUCUUGGAGCAAUCGGAAAUGUUUGAAAUAUAUUGUCCAGCCACCAUGGAGAUCAUUUCGAUUGCGAAGGAAGCAGGAGACGUUCUCAGCGAUCAAUCAUUAGAUUUUCUCGACCAGGCGCUGAAAAAUGCCGUCAUUCCACAAGGAUAUUCUCCACAAGGAAGUGAUGCUCUAAGCACUGUGAAAAACGUCGCCAGUGUCACAAAGGAUUUCCUUGACGCGGGAAAGAUUAUUUUUGAAACUUUUCCCAAGUAUCUUCAGAUCUUUGGACCACUCGGAUCACUUAUCAAAGACAUUAUCGACAUAGCGAAACCAGAAAAGAAAGAUCCUGUGCUUGAAGAGUUGGGAAAUCUCAAGGGUCAACUUCAAUCGCUCUCGCAAAAGAUGACCGUCCAAUUCGACGAAUUGAAAUCGUUCAUGGUGGAGAAUGAUUUUUAUAAUAAAUACGCUCACAAGGCUUCUCUUCUUUUCGAAUACAUGAUGGACUGUGCAUCUGUUGACAAGAAGGCGCAGGAGAGAUUUGAAGAAUGCUACAAGGAAAUGAAGCCAGAGAGAUAUGUCACAGAAAUGAUGAUCAAGCUGGAGUCGGACGUGACGAACCCUCUCAAAGUGAUUAUGGCGGGAGACGAGCUGACUUCAAAAGCAACAUUUGAAAAGUGGAAAAGCGUGCUCGCAAGCACACUUGCACAAUUCUUGAUGUUGGAAUGCUUCGCUAUGGGGCUUCUUCAUCCAAAAGACGAAAGUGACUGUAAUAAAAUCAUGGAAAAGUUGACUUACUACUCUACUCUGGUAAAACAAUGGGAGAAGCAUUAUUUGAACGACAGACCAUACUGGUCAAACCUCAAAAACUACGUGAAAAGAAUUCAAGGAGAAGGUACUUUCGACAAGGACGAAGACAUGGCCGACGCGCUCUUGAAAGGAUUCGAGACUAUUUUCACAAAGUAUUAUAUAUCAUCUUUUCUCUUUUCACAAAAGUAUGUGCAGAGAAUUCAAUUCGUUUAACAAGGACGAAGACAUGGCCGACGCGCUCUUGAAAGGAUUCGAGACCAUUUUCACAAAUGACAACUUCUAUAUAUGUGUUUUCGACAGAAACGUUCACUGCGAUUAUCACACCGUGAAACCCGAAAUGUUGUUCGUCUCGACAAAUAACGGAAAGUUCAACGUGAUCAUUUCUCGUGCAUUUGAGCACAACGAGUCGACAUGUUUGCAAUAUGGGGAUAUACUGGACAAUAACAGGGAUCGGAAAACUAGCGGAGGAAACCUUUUGCACACUUUGACAACUCUUAUGAAAGAGUACCUUCGAUCGGCAGUGAUCUCAUCUGCGAAGAACGAGUUCAAGGGAUGCUCGUACUUUUUGGCGGUUACUUCCAGAGAUGUGGCUGUCAGAUGGACGAAAAAAAAUGGGGCUCGUAAGGGUCCAGGAACCUUCAAUUGGCAUGGACAACUGACUGUUGUCAAUCUCUUUUAUGCCAAGUGGUAUAUGCUCUACAUGGUUGGAGAGUAAUUCUCCUUGCAAUUGUUCCAAUUUAAACUCAUUUUAUGGCGUCAGAAGAGCUCUUUUUAUUUGUAAAAUUAAAUAAUAAAU